GUUCUUUCUUCUUCCACCAUCUUCACCACCACCACGCCGUGUUCUUCUUCUUUGACUGCAUUUCCAGCUCCUCAGUUCCUGUCCGGCCGGCAACAACAGCAGAAGAAGAAGCACUACCACUCGGAGACUACUUAUCUUUUGCGCCUUCAACUUUGACAAUAAGCUAAAAUGGCCAGUUACCAUAAACCCGAAUCCAAAGUGGUUCAAGAGCUCCGAGAUAUUGCCAACAAGCUUCGAGUGGACUCUAUCACGUCCACAAAUGUUACCAAGUCUGGGCAUCCAACAUCAUGCUCCUCCAUGGCGGAGAUAAUGUCGGUGCUGUUCUUCCAUACGAUGAGGUACAAAGUCCAGACCCCGAAGGACCCUUCCAACGAUCGCUUCAUUCUGUCCAAGGGUCACGCCGCUCCGAUUUUAUAUGCCGCAUGGGCCGAAGCCGGUCUCUUCCCAGUAACCGACUUGAACAAUUUGCGAAAAAUUGACAGCGAUUUGGAAGGUCACCCCACGCCUAGAUUGAACUUUGUCGAUGUUGCUACCGGUUCGUUGGGACAGGGUCUCAGCGUUGCUGCAGGCAUGGCCUAUGUGGGAAAGUACAUUGACAAUGCUCCGUACAAAGUGUAUUGUCUCAUGGGUGAUGGUGAAGCUGCGGAAGGGUCUUUGUGGGAGGCCAUGCAUUUCGCCAGUAAAUACAAGUUGGACAAUCUUGUCGCUAUUUUGGAUGUGAACAGGCUUGGUCAAUCCGAACCUACUGCUCUCCAGCAUGACAUGGACACGUAUCGAAAAAGGUUGGAGGCUUUUGGGUUCAACGCCUUGGUGGUUGACGGCCACGAUGUGGAAGAGUUGUGCAAGGCUUUCCAUGAAGCCAGCGAAACUAAGGGUCGGCCAACAGCCAUCAUUGCCAAGACAUUCAAGGGAAAGAACUUCCCAAAUAUCGAAGAUCAAGACAACUGGCAUGGGAAGCCACUUGGAGAUGAUUCGCCGGCUGUCCUUGAGUAUCUCAAAGGACUAAUUAAGAACAAUGGUGCUAUCCAGUUGAUUCCAUCAAAGCCUGUUGUGGAAGUUCCCCCAACCAAUUUUGCUGCUGGGGUCAAGCUCUCUCAACCACCAAAUUACAAGAUGGGAGAACUCGUUGCCACUCGACUUGCUUAUGGUAACGCUCUGCAGAAGUUGGCUGCUGCAAAUGAUCGCGUCAUUGCUUUGGACGGUGACACAAAAAAUUCAACAUUCUCGGAUAAAGUACUCAAGAAUACUCCUAAGCAAUACAUUGAAUGUUACAUCGCCGAGCAAAAUCUUGUCGGAGUCGCCAUUGGUGCUGCCUGCCGUGAUCGUACCAUAACUUUUGCUUCCACGUUUGCUUGCUUCUUUACAAGAGCAUUCGACCAGAUUCGAAUGGGAGCAAUUUCACAAACUAAUCUUAACUGUUGUGGUUCUCACGCUGGAAUCAGCAUUGGUGAGGAUGGUCCAUCUCAAAUGGCAUUGGAAGACUUGGCAAUGUUCAGAACUAUCCCCACUGCUACCGUGUUCUACCCAUCCGACGCUGUUAGUACUGAAUAUGCUGUCGAGCUAUGCGCCAACACUAAGGGAAUUUGCUUCAUCCGAAGCUCUCGGCCAAACACUGCAGUCUUGUACAAAAAUGACGAGCCUUUUGCGAUUGGAAAAUCCAAGGUUGUUCGAACCAAUCCUGCAGACAAGGUUCUAAUCAUCGGUGCUGGUGUGACUCUUCACGAGGCUCUCAAGGCUGCGGAUGAACUCGAAAAAUCUGGCAUUCAUGCACGAGUUGUUGAUCCCUUUACCAUUAAGCCUUUGGACCCCGAAAUUAUUCAACACGCCAAGGCCGUGGGUGGCAAAAUUGUUACUGUUGAAGAUCAUUAUCCUGAAGGAGGACUCGGUGAUGCUGUUUGCAGCCUUGUGUCUGAAGAAAAGAACAUCAUUGUCAAAAAGUUGGCAGUUAGAAGCGUUCCACGCUCAGGACCUUCAGCCGUCCUUUUGGAGAAAUUUGAAAUUGAUUCAAAGGCCAUUGUCAAGGCUGUGAAUCAAAUUCUUGCUGCGUAAGAUCCAUGUUAUGAGCUAUAUAACCACUGCAACAUCUGAAUUAAGAUAUAUAAAAAAGUGAUCAGAAUUAUCAUAAACAUGUCAAUCAUGAUGGUAUAUUAGUAAACAAAAACAUUGUCAUUUGCUUUAAUUUCCACAUGGAAUUAUUUACACAUUCCUUCUUAUAUGUGAUAUAAAAAUUUACAUAUUCAAUAUGACCAAUAAUUAACAAAAGUUAAUAAAAAAAAUUGCUAACUUCCCAUCUGUUAUCAAUAUGCAUUGAGAGAUAAUAAAUUAAAAAUUACAAUUA